AUGGAAUACAAUAAAUCUAACACCGUUUUACAGAAUUCUACAUCGGACCAGAGUAUGUGGGAGUCGGCCAUUCCUCCCGCGCUACAGUUUGGGUUCGGGGUCAUUGGAAAUAUCAUUGCUCUCGUGGUAUUGGUGACAUCAUCAAAGAAGCACAAAUGGCGGCCGUUCUAUCGCCUUGUAGGAGGUCUAGCGAUGACAGACGGUGGAGGUAUUCUCUUAGUGUAUCCAUCGGUUAUGGUUCGGUAUGCCUCGGACUUCACAUACGUUUUUCCGAAGGAGCUAUGCAACUACAGUUCCUUUGUAUACACAUUCACCUUGAUUUCUUCAGCUAUGAUUGUGUGUGCUAUGUCCCUUGACAGAUUUGUCGCCAUUUUAUACCCAUUUGUCUACAACUCGGAUAAAAAUGGACGGCGAGCCAACAUCAUGCUGGGUAUAAUUUGGUCCAUAGGGGCACUUGUCGCAGGUCUCCAAUUGAUUGGACUUGGUUCUAGCUUUAACUACUACCCCAAGUCAUGGUGCUUCAUUAACUUUGUCGAAAUGGAUACUCUGGAUAGGAUAAAUUCCUACAUCUACUCCGUUUUUGGUUUUCUCAUUCUGCUUGUCACAAUUUCAGUUAACACUGCGGUCAUUGUCUCACUUGUGAGGAACAUGAAAUCAGACAUCCAUAGCUCCAAACGGCGGCAGAAAAACGACAUCUUUAUUGUAUCUUUUCUUCUCGUUAUUGUCAUUGUGUUCAGCUCUUGUUGGGCACCAUUGAUCAGUAUCAUCUUUGCACAUGCCUGUCACUUGAUGAACUCAAAUGGCUCGGUAGAACUUUUGGUUCUGAGAUUAGCAGUCACUAACUCUAUAGUGGACCCGUGGAUCUACAUUUUGCUGCGGAAGGAGACAGUCCUCGGACUACUCAAAAUAAAAGCAGUGAUAUUUGGUUCUUGUGUAUCAAAUAAUAAUCCUGAAACUAAUAGUGUGGAGCAACCAAAGGAGAAAUACACCAUAAAUAUUUCAACCUCACCGGAAGUGGCAACAAAAUCUACAAAUAUUGAUUGCAUUGUUUAUGACGGGACCGAAUCCUCUGAUCCAGAGAAGAGAUUUACGGGAGGAGGGACAGCCAACUCAGUGUAUGCUGUACAACAUAUAUAA